GUUCCGAAUGGGCUACGCAGUUGAAGUUUGGCGGGAAAUAGAUGUGUAUUUCCGUUUCUCUCGACCUUUGACCAACAGAUUCACUUCCGGAAACGAAAAACGUUGUUUACAUCGACAGAUCGAGAAGUUCUUGUCACUUGUCUGUACCCCAGGAUGUCUGCUAUAUAUGAUGCGUUUUGAUUUGUCCUGAAGUAGAAUGGCUGACAAUGACAAUCAGAGGUCGUAUGCUGUCAGCAUCUCCUUACCUGAUGAACAGGUCUUCAGGAAUUUGAAAAAUGCUAAACAUUUUGCUAUUGAUAUAGGUGGUUCACUGGCCAAGCUAGCCUACAGUUCAACACUGCAGAGGAGGACAUCCCUGGUAUCGGAGGAGUUCUCUGAGCAGGAAGGAGCUGGGUGUAUUUACCAGGUCUCAGAGGAAGAUGAGUUCACAAACCGACUUCACUUUGUUAAGUUUGAGACACGCCUCAUUGAGACAUGUCUUGACUUCAUCCAGAGACACCUGAAAGGAUCGCCAUUGAAGGACAAGGUCAUUAAGGCUACAGGUGGUGGAGCACAUAAAUAUCGCCACCUUAUCAACUCUAAACUGGGCGUACAAAUAGAUAAAGAAGAUGAAAUGCAGUGUUUGAUACAAGGCUGUAACUUCCUGCUACAAAACAUACCAGACGAGGCUUUUUCCUAUCAUCGUCAUGAGAAACCAGAGUACAAGUUCCAGGGAGUGAAUCACAACGUCUUCCCUUAUCUCCUGGUCAACAUAGGGUCAGGGGUCAGUCUUAUAAAGGUCGACUCCGAAACAAAUUUUGAGAGAAUUGGUGGAACAUCAAAUGGAGGGGGAACAUUCUGGGGUUUGGGGUCACUGCUGACAAAAGCCAAGACGUUUGACGAGUUACUGGAGCUGGCCGAGAAGGGAGACCAUCGAGAGGUGGACAUGUUAGUCAAGGAUAUCUACGGUGGAGAGUACUCAAGCAUUGGUCUGACAGGGGAUGUGAUAGCUAGCAGCUUCGGCAAGGCUACACAGCCACUCAAGGACCAGGAAUCUUGCUUCAGAGAAGAAGACAUAGCUCGCUCACUCCUCUUGUCCAUCAGUAAUGACAUUGGUCAGAUUGCCUGUCUCCAUGCCCGUAUGCAUGGACUGACCAAGAUCUACUUCGGGGGCUACUUCAUUCGAGGACAUCCACUGACCAUGCGAACUAUCACAUUCGCCAUCAACUUCUGGUCAAAGGAUGAAAUUCAGCCCCUUUUCCUACGACAUGAGGGCUAUUUGGGAGCCAUUGGUGCCUUUCUGAGAGGGGCGGAAGAGAAUGAUGAGUCUGGGAGUCAGUCCUAUACCUGGGGAGAAAACUAUGCACGCAGUUCUGGUCUCAGUAGUAGUCAGCAGUCCUCAAACAACUGGAAACGGACAAGGAGCUCCACGUUUGAUAUGCUGGAACUGGACAAGGUGAAUGCUCGUGACCACUGUCCAGUACUGCUUGACCCAGACACUUACAAUCCAGACACGGUUGACCUGACCAAGGACCCGGACGCCCGCGAGUACUGGCUCGACUGCUUCUCACACACUGUAGAUAAGACAAAGGGUCUGGCCAUUAGGAGCCAGGCAAACUCACCAGAUGUUAAAGAAAGAGCAAACAAAUUCAAGGACAGCUACCUGGAUCGUCUCAAUGGGCUGAAAGAAAAUCCAUGUGCCUAUGGAUCUCUUACGGUGAGAUUUUUACUGGACACCAGUAGCCAUUUACUUAGAGACUUUCUCUUCACAGACCCCUACUCACAGCAAAAACAGACUGAGAAUGAGCAUGCCUUGCGGAGCCUGUCAAGUCGUCUCAAGUUCCUGGACAGUAUGAGUGAUACUGACCGACCGCUUAACCUGGCCAGAGGGCUCCUGGCGGGCAAUGUGUUUGACUGGGGAGCUAAGGAAGUUGUCAAAAUGAUGGAAUCCGGGCAGGAGUUUGGCUUCAGUGAAGCACUAGAUAAAGUAGAAGAGCGCCCCUGGCUUUGUGAUUACUUUGACGCUUGGAGAGAGAGGUUGAACAGAGCUCCUCAUCGAUGUGCAGUUGUUUUCUGUGACAACAGUGGUGCAGAUAUAAUACUGGGGUUAUUUCCCUUUGUUAGAGAUCUACUCAUCAGAGGAACCAAGGUGAUUCUGUGUGCCAACUCCCGUCCCACUCUGAAUGACGUCACAUAUAAUGAACUGACAAUACUUGUGAAGCGAGUGUCGGAGAUAUGUCCAAUCAUUGACAAGGCUGUGAAGGAACAUCAACUGAUGCCUAUGGAGUCAGGGCAGGAAUCUCCAUGUCUUGAUCUCAGGUUGGUAGACCAAUCCCUUGUGAAAGCUAUGGAACGCGAGAAAGCUGACUUGAUUGUUAUAGAAGGAAUGGGGAGAGCAAUACAUACAAACUUUGAUGCCAAAUUUAGCUGCGAGUCGCUGAAGGUGGCGAUCCUAAAAAACAAAUGGCUGGCCAAUAGACUUGGAGGAGAAAUGUUUAGUGUGAUAUAUAAAUAUGAAAACCCUGUAAGUGAAGAUAACAGAGACAAGCAAUGUUGAUACCUGGCUUUUUUUGUAUUUUAGUCUCUGUUACAUUGACAAUCUAGGAACUUCUCUGUUUCUAACCAGGAGAUCUAGAAUUGUCACAGAGUUAAUCAUUAGGAAAUUAAAUCAUAAAUCAAGAUUUUACCAGCAUUUAACAUUAAUCUGGUGGUCAGCUGAUGUGUUUAUCUGGAAGCGACUCAUUUUCAGAACUAUUAUAGGAUUGAGGCAGUUAUGGAGAGUCUCCCUAACCACGUCACUUCAAUAAUAACUCUGGCUAAGAUGAUGUUGUACUGAGUGAAAAAGUUUUGUUGUAGAGUUGACGUCCAGGAACUAGACAGAAAUUCUUUGUCUCGAUCACCAGAUCACCUCUGAUGUUCUUGUCCCUGAAUCCUCUAGAAUCCAUGCUUUUGACACAAACCUGAUUAUAUUGCAGGGUAAUGAUUAAAACUCUAAAUUAAAUGUGAUAAAGUAUAACAAAGUCUUGUUAUAGAGAGACCUACUCAUUUUGUUGUGCUCCGUGUUGGACUAGAGUUAUCUAUACAGUGUACAUGUAGGUGAUGUCCCUGAAGAAUGAUUUAAUUUAGAAUUUACAUGUACUUACCUGAAGUCAUGUUGUUGUUAUACAUAUCUUGAUAUGCAUUCAUUAAUUUAAAUAUAAUUUUUUAAAAGAUGUAAUAAUGUAGUUUUAUUAGCCCUUUGGUCCGUUGUCUGUCGUCCAUUGUCUGGCGUCCAUUGUCUGUCAUUCGUCUCCGUUAUCAUUAAACAAUCCUUGUUAUCUCUAUUUCUUGAAAGUAUCGAAAGGAUAUUAGUGUAGGUUCCCCUUGGUCACUAGUUGUGCCAAUUCAAUUUAGAUUUUUGAUAAGAAAUUAAAACAAAAUGGCUGGCAUUCAGCAAUCUUCGAUUUUGAGAAUUAUAGUUUGUUAUUGCUAUUUCUUGAUAAGUACUGAAAGGAUGUUUCUAAAACAUUAGAAAGAAGAGAAAAGUAGAGAGAGGAUCAGUCUUGACAUAUAACCAAUAAAGAUCAUUAAAUGGUGGGUGCCAAGAUCCCUCUUGGAUCUCCUGUUUGAUAUGUCGUCAUUUUACAUGUGAGAUUGAGGUGUCUAACAUUAUUAUAUUUUUGCCUCAUCAGCUUACUGGAAGGUUUAGAAGAAAUGUUUAUAAUCAAAUAAAAUGGUUGUGAUAAUAGUGAACAAACUUGGUCUAUUUAGCUGCUAAAGGUGCUGACUUUUGAGAAGAUAUUUGAUAAAUAGAAUUUAGCGUAAAUAAAGUCUGUAUAAACAGUACUGUCUAAAUGGGGACAAACACAGAAAACUAUCGGUACACACGUGAUGUUGAUGAGGACAAACACGAAUAACUAAUCAUGUGAUGUAACAGGGGACAAACAAGAAUAACUAAUCACGUGAUGUUAAUGGGGACAAACAAGUAUAACUAAUCACGUGAUGUUAAUGGGGACAAACAAUAAUAACUAAACACGUGAUGUUAAUGGGGACAAACAAGUAUAACUAAUCAUGUGAUGUUAAUGGGGACAAACAAGUAUAACUAAACACGUGAUGUUAAUGGGGACAAACAAGUAUAACCACACACGUGAUGUUAAUGGAGACAAACAAUAAUAACUAAUCACGUGAUGUUAAUGGGGACAAACAAGUAUAACUAAACACGUGAUAUUAAUGGGGACAAACAAGUAUAACUAAACACGUGAUGUUAAUGGGGACAAACAAGUAUAACCACACACGUGAUGUUAAUGGGGACAAACAAUAAUAACGAAACACGUGAUGUGAAUGGGGACAAACAAGUAUAACUAACCACGUGAUGUGAAUGGGGACAAACAAUAAUAACUACACACGUGAUGUUAAUGGGGACAAACAAUGAUAACUAAUCACGUGAUGUUAAUGGGGACAAACAAUAAUAACUAAACACGUGAUGUUAAUGGGGACAAACAAGAAUAACUAAUCACGUGAUGUUAAUGGGGACAAACAAUAAUAACUAAUCACGUGAUGUUAAUGGGGACAAACAAUAAAAACUAAUCACGUGAUGUUAAUGGGGACAAACAAGUAUAACUAAUCACGUGAUGUUAAUGGGGACAAACAAGUAUAACUAAACAUGUGAUGUUAAUAGAGACAAACAAGUAUAACUAAACACGUGAUGUUAAUGGGGACAAACAAUAUCUACACACGUGAUGUUAAUGGGGACAAACAAUAAUAACUAAUCACGUGAUGUUAAUGGGGACAAACAAUAAUAACUAAACACGUGAUGUUAAUGGGGACAAACAAUAAUAACUAAUCACGUGAUGUUAAUGGGGACAAACAAGUAUAACUACACACGUGAUGUUAAUGGGGACAAACAAUAAUAACGAAACACGUGAUGUGAAUGGGGACAAACAAGUAUAACUAACCACGUGAUGUUAAUGGGGACAAACAAUAAUAACUAAUCACGUGAUGUUAAUGGGGACAAACAAUAAUAACUAAUCACGUGAUGUUAAUGGGGACAAACAAGUAUAACUAAACACGUGAUGUUAAUGGGGACAAACAAGUAUAACUACACACGUGAUGUUAAUGGGGACAAACAAUAAUAACUAAUCACGUGAUGUUAAUGGGGACAAACAAGUAUAACUAAACACGUGAUGUUAAUGGGGACAAACAAGUAUAACUACACACGUGAUGUUAAUGGGGACAAACAAGUAUAACCACACACGUGAUGUUAAUGGGGACAAACAAGAAUAACUAAACACGUGAUGUUAAUGGGGACAAACAAUAAUAACUAAUCAUGUGAUGUUAAUGGGGACAAACAAGUAUAACUAAACAUGUGAUGUUAAUGGAGACAAACAAGUAUAACUAAACACGUGAUGUUAAUGGGGACAAACAAUAAUAACUAAUCACGUGAUGUUAAUGGGGACAAACAAGUAUAACUAAACACGUGAUGUUAAUGGGGACAAACAAGUAUAACUACACACGUGAUGUUAAUGGGGACAAACAAGUAUAACCACACACGUGAUGUUAAUGGGGACAAACAAGUAUAACUAAUCAUGUGAUGUUAAUGGGGACAAACAAGUAUAACUAAACAUGUGAUGUUAAUGGGGACAAACAAGUAUAACUAAACACGUGAUGUUAAUGGGGACAAACAAGUAUAACUAAACAUGUGAUGUUAAUGGGGACAAACAAGUAAAACUAAUCACGUGAUGUUAAUGGGGACAAACAAGAAUAACUUAACACGUGAUGUUAAUGGAGACAAACAAGUAUAACUAAACACGUGAUGUUAAUGGGGACAAACAAGUAUAACUACACACGUGAUGUUAAUGGGGACAAACAAUAAUAACGAAACACGUGAUGUGAAUGGGGACAAACAAGUAUAACUACACACGUGAUGUUAAUGGGGACAAGCAAUAAUAACUAAACACGUGAUGUUAAUGGGGACAAACAAGUAUAACUAAACACGUGAUGUUAAUGGGGACAAACAAUAAUAACUAAUCACGUGAUGUAACAGGGGACACAAGAAUAACUAUUCACGUGAUGUUAAUGGGGACAAACAAUAAUAGCUAAACACGUGAUGUUAAUGGGGACAAACAAUAAUAACUAAACACGUGAUGUUAAUGGGGACAAACAAUAAUAACUAAUCACGUGAUGUUAAUGGGGACAAACAAGAAUAACUAUUCACGUGAUGUUAAUGGGGACAAACAAGAAUAACUAAACACGUGAUGUUAAUGGGGACAAACAAGAAUAACUAAACACGUGAUGUUAAUGGGGACAAACAAGAAUAACUAAACAUAUGAUGUUAAUGGGGACAAACAAGAAUAACUAAACACGUGAUGUUAAUGGGGACAAACAAGAAUAACUAAACACGUGAUGUUAAUGGGGACAAACAAUAAUAACUAAACACGUGAUGUUAAUGGGGACAAACAAGUAUAACUAAUCACGUGAUGUUAAUGGGGACAAACAAGUAUAACUAAUGACGUGAUGUUAAUGGGGACAAACAAGUAUAACUAACCACGUGAUGUUAAUGUGGACAAACAAUAAUAACUAAACACGUGAUGUUAAUGGGGACAAACAAUAACUAAACACGUGAUGUUAAUGGGGACAAACAUGUAUAACUAAUCACGUGAUGUUAAUGGGGACAAACAUGUAUAACUAAUCACGUGAUGUUAAUGGGGACAAACAAGUAUAACUAAACACGUGAUGUUAAUGGGGACAAACAAGUAUAACCACACACGUGAUGUUAAUGGGGACAAACAAUAAUAGCUAAACACGUGAUGUUAAUUUUUGACAAACAAUAAUAACUUAACACGUGAUGUAACAGGGGACAAACAAUAAUAACUAAACACGUGAUGUUAAUGGGGACAAACAAUAAAAACUAAUCACGUGAUGUUAAUGGGGACAAACAAUAAAAACUAAUCACGUGAUGUUAAUGGGGACAAACAAUAACUAAACACGUGAUGUUAAUGGGGACAAACAAUAACUAAACACGUGAUGUUAAUGGGGACAAACAAGAAUAACUAAACACGUGAUGUUAAUGGGGACAAACAAGAAUAACUAAUCACGUGAUGUUAAUGGGGACAAACAAAAAUAACUAAACACGGGAUGUUAAUGGGGACAAACAAGUAUAACUAAACACGUGAAGUUAAUGGGGACAAACAAGAAUAACUAAUCAUGUGAUGUUAAUGGCGACAAACAAGAAUAACUAAACACGUGAUGUAAUUGGGGACAAACAAGAAUAACUAAACACGUGAUGUUAUUGGGGACUUUACAGUGUAAUAACUUGGUUUUUUUCGUUUUUUUUUUUUUUUAGAUAAUUUCUGUGGAAUGAUGUUCAUUAUUACAAUGUAUCCCGUUGAUGCUGUAAUGUUCUUGUAUGCUGUGCUAACAUAUGGAUUGUUAAAAACACUGCCAUUUAGAUGUUUGUUACACUGUGUACUUUCACUUAUUAAAGGAUUUAUCCAUGAAAUAAGUCUUAAUAUGCAUGGAUUUAUAUAUUCAAUUCCCGCCGAAAUGUAUGGGAACAUUAGAAGUCCCCUUGUUUACACGAGUUAUAUACAAUGUACUGGUAUGUAUAUACUAUCGUUAUCCUGUGACCUAUCAUCAGGGGCGUACAUAUAUGUAGAUAGACCAAUUUGCUUUAGAGAUUUUAUGCCUACAAUUGUUAUUUGAUAAUAUUUCUAUUCUCAAUAUGGCCUAUUGGGGUUUUCCCGUAUAAACUUAGAAUGUUCA